UCAAUAUAUAUAGCCGGCGAGAUCAGGGUGUUUGAUAUUUACUCCCCAACAAAAUGAUGUUCCUCAAGCUUAAGUGCGCGAAACCCCGCCACCUCUGCGAGCUUCUUAAACGAUUCUCCUUCGGCGCCGUUUCCUUUGACGUGCACAGCUUAGCCGACUUCCUCGACGCUUGCAUGUACGACGUGGCGGCCGCCCAUGCCUGCCUUCUGAAGUCCCAUGGCUUGGCCAGUUGUUCCGCACCGUGGAACAAAAUCCUCGAUCUUUACUGCAGAAGCGGCCUAUUUCGACGAGCUCAGCAGCUGUUCGACGUAAUUCCCAGCAGAGACGUCGUCUCUUAUAACACGCUGAUCUCUGCUCACGUUCGCCAGGGUCAUGCUACCUUUGAGUCUCUGCGACUCUAUACUCGGAUGCUGUGCGAGAACAUCAAGCCCGACAACGUCACCCUAUCGAUGUUGCUCGCCACUUCGAGUAUGUUGGUGGAGCAAAUCCACUCCCAUUCGACCAAGAUGGGUCUCAACUCGAAUGCUUUCGUUGGGGGAGCCUUGGUCAGCGGCUACGAGAGAUGUCGAGGGCUGGAGGAAGCAAUCCGCACAUUUGAGGAGAUCGAGGAGAUGGAUGUGGUCUCCUGGAACAUACUGAUUGAUGUGUGCGCUCGGAGAGGGAGCAAGCGGCAUGCCGUGGACAUGUUCUGCCGGAUGCGCAAGGAGGGUGGUGGUGCCCUUGAUUGCUUCACCUUGACGAGCGUCUUGAAGACAUGCUCGGAGAGAGGGGAUCUGAGCCUUGGUAUGCAGCUCCAUGGGUGUUCCUGGAAGGCUGGCUUGGUGCGUGAUACCCCGAUUGGGAAUGCUCUUAUUACUAUGUAUAUGAAAUGUGGAGGAGGAUUGGAUUCUGCAGUUGAAGUCUUCCAGACAAUUUUGGACCCGAAUAUUAUUUCGUGGACUGCGAUAAUUGCUGGAUUAGUGCAGAAUGGGCUGGCCAAAGAAGCAGCGGGCUUUUACUGUGAAAUGGUGUAUGUAGGCAUGAUGGAGAAUGAAUUUUGCUUUACUAGUGUAUUACCUGCUUUCAGUAUGUUGGUGAGCCUUGAUCAUGGGAGAAUGAUCCACUCAAGAAUCAUUAAGUCGGGGUUCUGUUGCGAUGUAAUGGUGGGAAAUGCACUGAUCGAUAUGUACUUCAAGUGUGGUAGUGCAGAAGAUGCUCAAAUGGCUUUUGAGACCAUGAGAAACCGUGACACAGUGUCAUGGACCAUUACGAUUCUGGGAUUUGGUCAGCAUGGAAAAGGAGAGGAAGCUCUUCAAAUCUUCAGAGCACUUGAAAGAAGUGGCACCAGCCCUGAUUCGGUUACUUUUCUUGCACUUUUAUCCACAUGCAGUCAUGGAGGUCUUGUGGAGGAGGGGAUUAAGAUCUUUCACUCUAUGGUUAAUGAUUACAACAUCAAGCCAAAGAGGGAGCAUUGUGCUUGUGUAAUUGAUAUGCUGGGUCGUGCUGGUAAAUUGAGUGAAGCUGAGAAGUUCAUCCAGGAGAUGGGUAUAGAAAGGGAUCCAUUGGCAUGGGAAUCUCUUCUUGGAACUUGUGCGAUACAUGGAGCAACUGAACUGGGAGAGAGAUCAGCUGAGAAGGUUAUGGAAUUGGAACCACAUAAAGAUGGUCCGUAUGUCUUGCUAUCAAAUAUCUAUGCUGAACAAAAAAUGUGGGAGGAAAAGGUGAAAUUGAGAGGAAGAUUGGAUGCUAGUAUGUUGGCAAAAAAUGUAGGAUACAGCUGGUCUUCAGGUUUUAAAGUAUGAAAAUUCUAAGUUGAUAUUCAUCAAUGGCAACACUUCAACUAAUUCAGGAUAGUGUUUCUAUAAAGGCUUCAUUGAUCAUGCAAAUUAUCCCUUCAUGUGAUGUGCAACAUAUCCUGCUGUCCUUUCUGGAAUCAACUGGUGCUUAAACAUAAACUUAGUUAUCAGCAUGUGAACCUGAUUUAAGAUGCAGCAGGAUGACAGCUCUUUAUCUUCCAAAUCAGGGGAGAUUUUUUUGCUUAGUGCAUAUCCAAUAUCUGACUCUAUUACUCAUGACCGCAGAUGGUAUCAGUCACAUCAAAGGUACAGACACUUACCUUGGAGUUCAAUUUAGUGUUUUCUUCAUCCUGGUGCUAAUGGGAGACAAUUUCUAUCAGAGGUAAAUAUAAAUAUAUAUAAAAACAUUGCAGAAGACAAGGAUUGUGUGGUUGAACACAAUAAGAGAGAUCCUGUCACUUGAGUUAUCAUUGGACCAUUUUAUUGGGCACACCUGAAACCAAAUAAUAUUUUUUGGCCUUUUUUCAGCUACUUAAUCUAGGCUCCUGAAGUUCUCACAUGAGACCUUGGACAUAAAGAACCAAACCACAAGAAUUCAUCUAUCUGUCAACCUCGAAAUAUCAUCUUUCUAAAAUAUUGCUAAAGUCAGUAGCCUAUCUUUUCAGGACAUCGAAUAUUAGGAAAAUUACACUUGUAUCUUGUUUAUUUGGCUUCAUGAACUCUUGAAAGCAAUCUGAAUACAGAAGAGGUUCUGGCAUAUAAAAAUUUUGGAACCUCCAGUAAACUAGGUAAAUUUUGUUGUAUUCUUUAAGCAAGAAAUGGUUAUCACUGUCUGAAGGCUGAAAUAUGGAAAAGAUACUUUUCCACAAUCAGUGGAGUAGAUUGUGGAAUUGGAUGCUGCAUGAAGAAUGUGGGAAACAAAAGAGGAAGUCAGGGUAUGUCAAGACACACUCAUAUACUAGAGAGGGGAUUGGAUUCAGCUGGUUGUGCAG